AUGGGUGUUCGUGGGCAGGGCAACCCCAGCUGCUGGCAAGAAGGAUUCUCCUACAGUUUAUGCUGCGAUGAGAAGCAUGGACCGGAUGGCAACAAACAGUGUUGGGACGGAAUGCAUACCUUCAGCAGUUGCUGUUUGUCGAGUUCCAUGGAACCUUCGAAAGAUUUCGAUGAGCUCAUGUCCAGAGGCCACACAGGCGACACAUCAGUCCUGCCCGCGAUCAUGCGACUUCUGGCCACAGGUGGUGAGGACUGCAGCCAGCGGCUUUUCGCUUGUGAUGACCCCGAGUCGCCGAUCUCAAAGGCCCAAUGGAAGGCCUUUUUUGAUGCGUCCAGUGCUUCGAGGUUUCUGCGGCUUCAACCCUUCCCGGCUGACGGCGACCCCUGGGCCUUAUGGUCCGCCUGUUGCACUUUCGCUGGCGCUGGCCGCGUCGCGGAGCACGUGCUGCGCCUGGCGCGGAGCUGUCCCUCCGGCGCGGCGGCGCUGCUGAUGGCAGUGCUGCCGAGGCUCCAGGAAGGACUCGGGGAAGCGGCGGCCCUGGAAGGAUUUCAGACUGCAACUCAGAUCGCCAACCAACUUGAUCCGUUGGGAGACUGUCGAUGGAUAUACCAGACGAACCGAGCGUCGUGGAGUCAAAUCGAAUGGUUUCUCUCCGAUCCUGUCGGAGGUUCACUGCCUUGUGGCCCAGCAGCUCCGCGAAUUUAUGUCGAUGAGCCUGAGGAGUUCAAAGCUCUCUGGGCCAAUCCCCUCCUUUGUGCCGAGCGCGGCCUGUGCUUCACCGAGGUUUGGCUCCACGAAUUUCUCCGCCGCGCUGAAUGUCGAGUAGACGACCCACAGGAGGCUGAUUUCAUUUACGCGCCCAUCUACAUGUCCUGUUACAACCUAAUCGCCGCUGUUGAGAGAAAUCAGAAAGCCCGGGUGGCACUGGAGGGCUUCAUGUCAAGACUCUUAUCCCAGUCUGGGCCGCCUUUGCUGCUGGUUUUCAGCUGUGAAAAGUGGAAGCUGCCGCAGAAAUGGCUGCAGCGCCUGUCUCAACGAGGCUAUGUGGCUGCAGCUGUUGAGGCGAAACCCCUGCUGCACACCAAAGACUUCGGCGCUACGACAUCUACGGCGCCCACAGGCACCUGGCAUUGUCAAGACUGCUUCCGCCUAGGGUAUGACAUCGUGAUCCCUUCUGCGGUUGCCGCCACGGAAUCGCAUCGCUUGAAGUCCUUCAAUCGCAAACCCGAAGAUCGAAGCUUGCUGCUCACCUGGCGCGGUGAACAUGCCGAAUCGGCCUCCAAGGAUGUGCGGGAAGGUUACUUGGAAGUGAACGAGACGGUUCGCUCCAAAAUCAUCAAGGCAUAUCAAUACAAGAGAGGGGCAGAUGUGGGAAGCUCCAGCAUACGUUAUAGUUUUCUCAUGGGAAACUCACACUUCUGCCUGGUACCUCGAGGUCGAGGCUGGUGGACUGUGCGUCUUUUUGAAGCAAUCCAUGCUGGAUGUAUCCCGGUCUUGCUGAGUGAUGAAGUCGAACUUCCCUUCCAGGACAUUGUGUCCUGGGAGACCUUCUCAGUGAAGUGGCCGAUGGACGAUGUGGGGGACAAGCUCUACAAUUAUCUUGAUGCCCUUCGCAAUGACUGGCCAAAGCUCAAAGUACUACACGACAAUGUCCGAGCUGUGUCCUGUUGGUUUGAUUACCUGCAGCCCAGUCACCCGACAUGCUCACCCUACCAGGGUCUCUUGAAGCAGCUCAGUGCACUGGUUUCUGGUGAUCGACCACCGCCCCGGGGGCGCCUCUUGAAAAACUUCUGGUUUUAA